AAGGCAAACGAUUCUAGCACGUUCCGUUAUUCUUCACGUGCUACCACCCUUCACUUUCACGUCUGCAGCCGAAGCAAUCGUAUCUCCUUUCGACGAGGUAUUACGUGUCAUCUACGUGUCAUCUACGACCAUGAGUGUGGGCGACGAGAGCGACUUUGUCUUCAGCUCGACAGUCAAGCGAGAGAGCGAUCCCGAAGAGGAAACACCUAGCCCAUCACGCGACUUGCGGGAGUUCGCCUUGUGGGCAGCAUGCUGCUGCUUCCUUAUCGUCAUGGUACCGAUCGUCUUGUUCAUCAUAUUCUACCAGUCCAGCCUGCCCAUCUGCAGCAGCUGGCAGUGCGUAGAAUACAGUCGUCUGUUCUCCAGCUCUAUCAAUCCCAGCAUGAACCCGUGUGUAAACUUCUACCAGUUCGUUUGUGACGGCUGGGAUAAAAAGCACGACCGCUCUGUUAAAAGAAGGCACUUCGACAGCUUCGUACAUGACGUGGCCAAUGAGCUCGGCGAGAUCGUGGCACCAGGCGUCCAUCAAACAGCGAUAGAAAAGUCUGCGAAGUUCUACCAGUCCUGCCUACAGGUCCUCUUGCAACAGAGAAACGAAGAUGCUGCAUUCAAGGAACUUUUAAAGAACGGCAACGUGACAUGGCCUCAGAUCGAAGAGGACGGUGACUUGCUGGAAGUCAUGACGUACGCCGAAGUGCACUGGAACGCUCAUCCGUUUUUUGUCUUCAGGAAGGAUGUCGGUACGGACGGCUCCUUCAUAAUCCACGUCAUGCCGGGCUCGAUGACUUCUAUUUGGCAUGACGAACGGCUAAAGCUUAAGCAGAGGAAUCAGUACUACGUCUAUUACAACAGGGCACAUCUUAUUAUGACAGGUAACGAGCCGAACGCCACCGAAUUCCGGGACCAUGUUGCGAUAGAAGACAAAAUUCUAGACAAGCUAAUCGCAGCUCUUAAACUUGGAGGAGACGACAUCUUGACGGAAGAGGAGUUCAAGAGGCACAGCACUGCGUUCCACUAUAACCGAUGGAGGACAGCCUUCAAGGAGCUCCUGGAUAUUCCAACAAACGAGAACAUCAGCAUAGCCAUCAGCAGUGUCUCCUAUUUCGACGCUUUCAACGAGAUUACUUCGGAAGUCGGCGAACCUACUAUGAUCAUGAUGAUCGGAUGGCAUGUCAUCUUCAUACUCGGCCACCUCACUCUGUCAGGCCUGGGUACGUCCCUGUACCACAACUUACGAGAGGCUGAAGAAAUAGCCCAUACGAAGUGUGUGCUACACGUCGAGAGGUACAUGGGACUAGCGGUAUCGGCGCCGUACGUGGUCAAAGUCAUUCCACCCGACGUUUAUUACAAUGCAGGAAACCUUACUCAGAUGAUCGCCGAGCGGACCCUGAGAAGGCUUGCCAAGCAUCACGGACUCAACUUCAAUUACACCGGCCAUCGGCAGGACCGCUCCGGAAUGUUCCAGCGCUUUGACAAGCUGGCCAAUCUUUCUGAGCUUGAUCAAGUCUUCUCGACCUUUCCCGACAUGCAAACUCUGUUCUGCAUCAACCAUGUCAACGCUGUCCGCGCCUGGAGGAAAAGGAGAGAGGAGGAGAGCGCGUACUUUGGCCAAUAUUUGCGCGUGCGAGAUUACUACGACGUGUACAGGACCGAGGACGACGACUUCGUCAUUUCGCCGCUAGCGCUUACGCACCCCUUAUUCGCCGCAGAAACGACCUACGCCCUUCAGUACGGUGCUUUGGGACAGCUGGUUGCAGGAGCCAUUGCCAAACACAUCAUGAAGAACGUCCCGCAGCCGCAAAGCGAAGCAUGGACCGCCGCCGUGACGAGGUUUACUCGCUGCUUUAAUGGAACUUCGUUUUCAAAAGAAAGUAUCUUCUACAGGAUGGUUUCGGGUAGAGUUCUUUGGGAGGCAUUCAACAGAGCUGCGGGUUCCACCAUGAAGAAAGAAGUGGAAUCGAAGCACGUAAUCGUCUUGAGGACCAAGACAAAAGAAGCCCGGAUUCAGGGCUUCUCGAAGUACAAUCCCGAUCAGCUGUUUUUUAUAGUUAUGUGUUAUAUUCAAUGCGGACACAGUAGGAGAGAGUAUCAGGAAUAUUGUAACGGCGUGGUGAGGAAUCUGGAAGAGUUCUCGCAUGCGUUUAACUGUACUAAGGAUUCGCCGAUGAAUCCCACGCAAAAAUGUGCGGUCUUUUAAGAGCAAUCGCCACGUAUAAACGUUUUGCUUUGA